AUGGGAGAUUUGCCAAGUAGUCGAAUAACAAAAUCUCGUCCUUUUGAAAGAGUUGGGGUAGAUUUCGCAGGAUCGUUAGUCACAAAAUGUCAGCCUCUCAGAAAAGCUACCCAAUUCAAGUCUUACCUUUGUUUAUUCAUAUGCACAGCGACUAGAGCAGUUCAUCUCGAACUCGUGUCCAGUAUGUCUACGGAAGCAUUCUUAGCCGCACUUCGUCGAUUUAUUGCACGACGAGGCCAUCCCACUGAUAUCCUGUCAGAUAAUGGAUCGAAUUUCAUAGGUUCAGAUAAUUAUCUAAAGCAAUUAUUCAAGUUAGUCCAAGACCAGUCUGUACAAAAUUUCCUGACCGUGAGAAACAUCAGUUGGAAAUUCAUUCCACCAUAUGCUCCCAAUUUCGGUGGUGUUUGGGAGUCAUCCAUCAAACUCGCCAAAAGACAUCUCUUUAAAACUUGUCAAGGACAUUUGCUUAAUUUUGAAGAACUGUCCACUCUCUUAUGUCAGAUAGAGGCCUGUAUUAAUUCAAGACCUCUAGUACCACUUUCCAAUGAUCCAGCUGAUCUCAGGGCUCUCACCCUUGGAUGGACUAGAGACGUCCUUCACCAUUUGCAAGCCCGACGGAAGUGGCAUCAACAUCGUCCUCCUUUGAGUGUCGGAGAUCUCGUCCUUAUUCAAGCUGACAACAUGCCUCCAUUAUCCUGGCCACUAGCGCGUAUCCUCGAGAUCCUCCUCGGAACAGAUGGUAUCCCUAGAGUUGCCCUGCUUCGUACUCCAUCAGGACCUGCCAAAAGAGCCAUUAACAGACUCAUUGCACUACCGGUGCCGACAUGCCGCGCCCCGGAGGAUGGUGAUUCAUCUGAACGCCAACAGAUGGCGCAAUGA